AUGAUGAUGUCAUAGCACUCAUGUGCGCUUUCCUUUUGGAAAAAGAGCACGUCUUUCUGGGUGUGCUAGGGUAAACCUUUGUCAUUACUUUGCCAAAAUAGUGCGGAAAAAUGCCAAGUGCUUCAUCAAAAUCUUCUCAGCCUCCUUCUCAGAUCACUACUAGUGAUUUAAUGCAAGAACCAUUAAAAAAUGCUGUUUCCGUGUUGGACAAAAAACUAAGGAAUCUCGAAAAACGCAAGGUCAAGUUGUUGGAAAUCAGAAAAAAAGCUGACCUUGGCACUGAAUUAAAUGAAGAUCAGCGGAAAGCCAUUGAAAAUCUGGCAUUGGUUGAUAACAGUGUUGCCACAGUGAAAGAGCUUCACAAAAACAUUGUAUCCUUGGAUCAGGAGUACAUAAAACUUGUGAAAAAGGAACAAAAAAGAGCAAAACAAGAGCUUCGGGAUCAAAAGGAAAGCCAGGGUCAUCAAGCUGUAUAUAAAAUCAUCGAGGUGCAAGGCGUUCUUGGCCAUUUAACCGAAGAGGCUCACCCAGAUUUUAUAGCUGGCACUAAUGGUGCCUGCCAGCUGACUGAAGACGAACUUUCCAACUUAGACUUGUUUUAUGAACUUGUUAAUACGGGGUCUGAAGAUGGUGAUAAAAAACUAUCCUCUCGUGUAAAAGCUGCUCACCAGCAUUUUCUUAGUUUAGUUGAGGGCAAGGACUCGCCUGUUGUUGGUGAGGUUACAUACAAGACGCUAUUAGAAACUUUAAACAAGAUUUUACAGUCUGGUUAUUUUGACAGAGAUAAUAUUUCUUCACCACAACCUACUGAUGCUGCAGAAGAAGGUAGUGUUGAAGAACCCAGCACACCAGAGGAACAAAGUCCAGAAGAAGAAUUGCCACCUUCAAAUUUUGGUGAGGCUGAAAAUCUGACGAUUAAACCAACCAAUGGAGUUGACCUUCCACCAGAAGUUCAACAAACACCGGAUGACGAAAAAAUAGACUUUUUGGUAGAAUCCGAGAUUGCAGGCUCGUUUGAACAGCAACCCCCUUCCUUGAAUCCAGUCAGUCCAGAAUUUGUUCCUCGAAACCUGCAGCAAACUGAGGAUGCUGGUGGCUUUGGUGAAAGCAAUGUAGCUGCCAGUAACGAAUGGAACGAGCAGCAAGGGAAUGAAUCUGGCUGGAAAUCAGUGCCAGAUCAACACCAAGGCGGCCAAGGUGGUGGCUUCAGAGGACGUGGCGGUGGACGUGGAGGGCGAGGCGGAUUUCGAGGUCGAGGUCGUGGAGGCUCAGGGAACUUUCGAGGCGGUCGUCAGGAUGGCAAUUUCCGUGGUGGUAAUCGGGGAGGUCGUGGUGGAAAUCGUGGUCAACGAGGCGGCCCAAGAGGUGGUCCUCGGGGUGGCGGCAAUCGUGGUGGUUUUGGUGGUGCUGGUGGUUUUGGCAAGCCUCAACAGUAAACGAAGAUGUAGAUGGUUGGGCUACAAACUCGAUUGUAUGAUAAGAUCUAAGAUAGUAGAAAAGUAUAGCGCGUUGGAUGGCUGCGACUUGUUUUGUUGUUGACAACAGGAAGUUGCGAGAAGAUUUUGUGGAAAGUAAUUGGCAUUUUUCCAUUGAGCAUAAAACAAUUGAUGAAUAUUGGCGAAGAAAAACUUCGUGUAACUGAUGUUUUUAGUAGCAUAUCUUACUUGGAAGUUUUAGGACGAAUCUUUUUUAUAUGACUGAAUCUUUUCUUUUUUUACAAUUUCUUCUAGGAUAUAAUCCUUUAAAAAAUGGAAAUUAGUAAUAAUAUCCAGGUCGAUUUGCUAUGUGUUUUUUCAGGACGUUUAAAAUAAGCUCGUUAGAUAAAGCAGCUAAAUCUCAAUUAGUUUUGAGUUGUGUUUGUUUUUGUAGAAACAAUGCUAGAAUUAUUCGAGACGCAUUAAUUAGUGUGAUAAAUCAGUUGUGAUUUAUUAAUAAAAAGAAACUCGUGUAUGCGUUGAA